AUGCAUCUUACCUCCCAAAAAGUAUUCUUGCACGAAAUGACCGCGGUCGAACCAAAAACCGACUGUCCUCACAUUAAAUCUGAUAUCCUUGAUAACUGGCGUAGAGAAAUCGUUGAUGUUAGUAAGCCUUGCUUCACUUGUCACGAUGUGAGUGAGAACUGGCGAUGUUUGGAGUGCAAUAUUGUUCUUUGCUCUAGCUAUGUUAAUGGUCAUAUGAGGGAGCAUAAUCAACAAACCGGACAUCCAUUGGUAAUUUCUUUCAGCGACCUUUCUUUUUGGUGCUAUUCCUGUGAUGAAUACGUGAUUAGUCCGGUUCUUCACCCCAUUAAAGUUUCCGUUUACGUAGCCAAGUUCGGGGAACUUCCCCCGGAUUAUCAUGAUGCUUCAAUCACCAAUGGAGAUGACGUGGGUGGAGAAGGAAGCUCGGCUAAUCCUUCAUGA